GUCUCCCAGACAGGCACGGAAGCGGCUGGUGUAGCAAUACAAUUACGCAUAAAGUGUGGAUAUAAGAGUUUUUUAAACACAAAUACAUAUAGAAAUUUUCAUGUUAUUACAUGGAAACUAGUUGUAAUACAGUUGUGUCAAAUGACUCCCAGUAUACAAUUAUAAUCUGUUAUCUUGCAUAUUAUUAUUUAACACAGACUCAGUUGCAUAUAUCAUAGUGGACUUGGAAGCACCGAACGAGUACGGAUGCUGAUCAAAUUUUUUCUGAUCGCACAGAUCGUGCUGUCGAGGACCGGAUUCGUCGACGCAGGGUCUGAGCAUGCACUGCAUCAGGCCUAUCUACUGUUACCUCCGGCUGUCUGCCCUGCUGGCUUCAUCGGACAAAACAAGUCGCAGGAAGCUGUACCACGUGCACUGCACUGGGACCACCUGACCAGCACGGUGACGUCGACGGAGACAUCGUGGCACCCGGAUAAAAGCAGCAGCCUUUUCGACAUUCCCUUCAGUGGACUUGGAAGCACCGAAUGAGCACGGAUGCUGAUCAAAUUUUUUCUGAUCGCACAGUUUCUUCCUCUGGGCUUAAGUGGGACGCUUCUCCAUCAUUGGUGCGAAAGUGCCUCCAGAACCUUCCCGGAUUAUUACGCCCGUCUCGUGCUUCUGAAAAGAGCUUGCGGUAUUGGCGUGAACAGACAGAGUUCAUCACUUGUGCAUGUGCAACACAUUGGCGGAGGCAAUACGAACUGCAUUUCUCACUAGCUGGACAAGUCGGAAUGGCAAUGCACCUUGGAGAACAAGACUCGAAUUGUGAAAGUCUGGUGGUUUCACAGAACUUUGUUUUAUGUCAAGAUGGGCUGACACCAUGUCACCUGAUGCUGUCACUCUCUGGUCAGCUCUUUGCAAGGACAUGGUGCUAUGCAGCCUUCAGCUGCUGAAGAGGCAAGAUUACAUUUCUAAAUUACACUACACGAUUACAUUACAUUUGAAGAGGCAAGAUUACAUAUUUAAGUGUUUCAAUGUUUGGUGUCAUUGAUAAACCGUCAUAGGGAUUAUCUGCACCAGUGUUAUCAGGUACGUAAGUGAAGAAAUUUAUUGUGUGUACCAAGUUUACAGCUAGGCUGCCAAUUUCAUCCUUCACUGUUGGUAACCUUGUUCGCACAAAAGACAUUACUGAACCAUUGUAAAAGCAUUGCACUGGACUGGACAUGUGCAGAUUGUGGUUCAGAUCCUACCCAGGGCAAAAAUGUCUUCCACAUUUAGUUCCUUUACUAAAUAUUGCCAUUGUUAUCAAUUUCUAUCCUACAGUUAGAACUUAAUUUUCCAAUUACAUUCCAUAGCAUAAGUUAUUGCCACUUCCAUAGUGGCAUGCCACCAUAGAAGGGCAAAACAGUCUGCAAUCGAAAACAUGUGCAGCAUUUCCAGAUUAACUUAAAUAUAAGCAUCACUGUUACUGACUGAAUUGAUGCACAUAAUUUGAUUAAUGUCAAUAUAAAAAUUGUCAAUUAAAGCUUUCAGCAAUUAUUUUUAAUGGUUGAUUUAUCAGUCAUUCAUCCAUAUUUACAGAGCAGACACACCUGUGAACGUAUGCUUUGAAGGCUAUGCAGUCAUGUGGGUUUUUUAGUUAAAGGUAUUAUUUCAGUCAAGUAGAGUACUGACUGGACACUGAAGCUGUUUUACGAGUUCAUGUCUAAUACCCCUGUCACACGGCAAAUCUAAUGUCAUUUACAACGAAUGACAUUCGCUGAUAAUGCCAUUUCUUUGGUGUCACACGGUAAAACGUAAGGACAUUUUCGAAAAUGACAUUUACAAACAAAUCAGUUCGCCAAACUCAUUCGCAUUCGUUUGGAACUGAAUGUGUAUCCUUGACACCACGAGUUUACCAGUGUUUCGCAAACAGUACGUGCUUCUUUUUUUUGUUUUAACAAAAAAUCACUAUUAUUCUAUCCAUUUUAUUACCUAAUUAUUGCUUUAACGACAUUGAAGUCCAUCACAUAGGUAAAUACAGAAAACUACUCUCAGUCCAGUGACCAGACAGCCAUCUUUAGCUUUCGCUGCAGUAGUCGUGUUGGUUCUCACCAGAGCAUCGUCCGCGGCCACUUCAAUUGACUUGGCAUAAAAGCGUGCGCGUUUUUUCCUGUGGCACGCGACAAGAAUGAGGAUAUUAGAAGCUCGCAUGCACAUCAGAAAGGCGAUGACAUGCAACUGCCCUUCUCGUACCACUUUAGCAGAUGUAGCGGACGCGCCUAUCGUUCUCUUCGCCCUGUUGCUUGCCUUAGCUCGACUCGAUUUCGUUGGCAAUGUCGACAAGUUAGUAAUCGAACACUACGGUUUGAAAGCAAUGAUCACAUAUUCUAGUGGAAUUUAGCAUACUGGAAAAUAAUUAUUGGACAAAAGUGGGUUUGAGGCGUGUCUUUUUUUUUUUUUACUAUCGUCAUUGUCAUCAUUUUCAAAUGACAUUAGUUUUCGCCGUGCGACAGGGGUAUAAGCCUAAUUAUCGUGAUUGUUUCAAUCAUGUUUCAUUCACAUAGCUGAUUCAUGAGCAUUCAAAAUAUUUAGGUACCAUAUUUUCCAAACCAUAGGUGCCACCAUUUUCUUUUCAUUUUCGUCCAAGUGUAUUGUAGAACAGUGUAACUUAUAUAUGCAAGACCAACAUGAGACAUUCUUUUUCUCCAGCAAUGUACUUGCAGUUUAUUUUGUCUGCUAGAAUGUGCGGCUCAUAAAAUUUUUUUUUACUGAA